AGACCUAACUAUAUAUAACCAGGAACGUACCAUCACGGUGAGGGGAGUGGUGGAGGAGUGCUGUAAUGCAGAAGUGGAGAUCAUGAAGAAACUUAGAGAAGCCCAUGAGAAUGAUGUGGCUUCACUUAAUCAGCAGACUAACAUGAUGCCAGGUCUAAACCUGAGCGCGUUGGGGAUCUUCUCCUCUGGCUUGUCUGUUCUCCCUCCAGCCUCUGGUCUGCAUGGAUCUCUGUCCGCCCCAGCCAACUACAGCCCCCUGCUGGGCCCCCCAUCAGUAUUGGGUGGUCUGUAUGGGGUUCCCUCCUCUGGAGCAUUAUCUCUUCAGCAAGCAACUGCUGAACAGGAAGUGGUGUACCUCUUCAUCCCCACUCCAGCAGUAGGAGCUCUCAUCGGGAAGAAAGGGCAACACAUUAAAGAGCUGGCACACUACGCUGGAGCCUCAAUAAAAAUUGCUGCAGCAGACAAUCCUGAUGAUCCUGAGAGAAUGGUAAUUAUCACUGGACCACCAGAGGCUCAGUUCAAGGCACAGGGGAGGAUAUAUGGGAAGUUGAAAGAGGAGAAUUUUUUCACUGCUAAGGAAGAAGGGAAGUUGGGGGCACAUAUAAAAGUGCCUUCGACCGCUGCCGGACGAGUCAUCGGGAAGGGUGGCAAAACGGUCAAUGAGCUGCAGAAUCUCACCAGUGCUGAGGUCAUUGUACCACGGGACCAGACACCAGAUGAGAAUGAUGAAGUGUUUGUUAAGAUAAUUGGACAUUUCUUUGCCAGUCAGACUGCCCAGCGCAAGAUAAGGGAGAUCGUUCAACAGGUCAAACAGCAAGAGCGGAAACACCAGCAAACGGUGCCAACACCUUCACAACCAUCAGAAUGAUCAGCGGACGCCAGCAAGCAGCAGCUAAUGAAUGUAGCUCAUGCGAGGACAAAUCGAAAUUCAAGAAGUAGACAAAUAGAGAGUGAGACAGAGCGGGGAACAGAGAGAGACAGAAGCUGAUGAAGAGGACCAGCAGUUUAAAACAACCAAAGUACUUAAAGCACAAAAACGUUUGGUCAUGUGGAUAUGAAUGAGGAUGAUCGAGAGCGUUAUCAGGUCAGAGAUCUUUUUAUGACCAUGGACCUGAUAUUUCAUAUUGAGCUCUUUUUGUUACUGAUUAAGCUGAUGUGAGGAUUUGUGCGCUGUGAAGUAGACUGCUGGAUGAGGUGAAUGCACACUGCAGGUAGAUUUUAUAGGACUUGCAGGUCUAGUUGUGCAUCAGAUCUACUAAUUUAUUAGGAGAUAUAAUAAAUUGCACAGCAAUAUGUUAAUAAGAUUCUAAAAACAAUUCUAUAGGUUUAUUCAACAGAAUUUUCUUUGGAAACUCAUUUCAGGCUAUUUAAUGUGAGUAAUCAGAUUUGUUUGACUUUUCUAGUAACUAAUUAGUACAGCACGGUAACUAAAAGCAUUAAGUGAUGUUACAAAGGAACAUACAUGUAAAAGGGUGCUUGCUGUGUGCCAGCAUUUCACUUCCAGUUCCUCUUUUGCAUUGCUGAGUCUGAGCAUUUCUCCUCUGCUUGCUGCCCUGUUCUCUUUUCUCUUUUUUUAAAUUAUAUUGCUUUCUCUUAAAUGUUUCCAUGUUCCCGACUUAUUUGUCACACAAAAUAAGAGCUGUCUGUGUGCCAACUGUAAAAAAAAAAAAAAAAAAAAAUUCCAGUCCCUAAA